AAUCACACUCUCACUGAACACACACAUUCCCAAAGGACAUACUGAUUAUCCCGAGAGAAGAGGUACAUCUGGAUACUGGAUCCUCCCGGGAAGGGCCUUCUGGACUGAAACAGGAGAAAAAGACAACACCCUGAGCAUCAUCAGUCCAGCUCAGACCCAGAAAGACUCUCCAGACCUUUGGACAGUUAUCAUUAACUGACCUGUUCAGAGGUUAACUGCUGCCCAGCCAUGAGGAUCUUCAACCUGCUCUACCUACUCCUGCUGCUGGUAGCCGUUCUUGUACCAGCUUACUCCAUCAGACCAGAUUUCCUGAACUUAAGGAGAAAAUACCACAGACACCACUGCCCACACAGACGCUGCCUGCCUCUCCACUCCAGAGUACCCUUCCCCUAAAGGUUGAAGCACAAGAUUGAGGGUGACCUAAGGAGAGGAAUAUGGAUAUGAAGCAACUACAGUGUGCAUCCUGGGCACCAUGGAUGGAUCCCAGUGCAAACACAGACUGAAGGGGAGGAAAAUGCCACCCAAAGACUGAUAUGUAUAUGUAGCUGCAAAAAGCUACAAGACACUGUCUUCAUUUCCAACAAAAUAUAAACGAUGAAUUGUUUUGGCACCCUGGUGGACACAGAUCUGGGUUUGUCCAGCUGCACAGCACAGCUGCCAGAAGAAAAUGUUGGCUUGUAUGUUUCUACAAACCACAACUAUGUUAAAUUUAUAUGUUUCUAGGCAUCAUAUCAAUGUUUCUAAAGUGAUGUAGUAUUUGAGCUGAAUUUGUCAUGCAGAGGUGGAACGGAUGGUGGAUGGCCUGCCAAGCUGCAGACCCCUGAUUGAGACCAACAAACAACAAACACUGGUUGAUUUUUAGCAAAUGCUGGUGGUGUUUCCACCGGUGUUUCUGGCACCAAACAUGAGUGUUUUUAGCAGCACUUUAUGGUGUUUCCUAGCAGCAAUACUGGCGCCAAACCUAGGUGUUUUUUACGACACAUUGCUGUGUUUCCUAGUGGCAUUUCAGCCACGAAAAGCUGGGUAUUUUUCAUGGACACAUAAGGGGGUUUCCCAGUGGCGUAUGGGCCAAGGAACCAGGGUGUUUUUCACUGACCCAUUCCUGCUUGGCUAUUUUAAGCCAAAACAUGAUCUUUUCCUAACCAUAACCAAGUGAUUUUUGUGCCUAAACAUAACCACACCUUCACCACAGAGUUGUUAAGAAACCUAAGAUUUCAAUGUACCCGCUGUAACAUAACGUAAAAUGUAUCUGUGGUUUGUAGAAAUGUACAAUUCAAACUGGUGACUGGUUUGAGCUGCAAGCACCGUCCCUCUUCGUCAUCAAAAGCCAUAACUUUUGUACGGAACAAGAACAGAAGAAAAGGAGCAGCAACAUCAAAAAUAUUUAACACUCACGACUCAAAAGCUUCGGACCAAAGAGCUGGAAACAUCUUAGUGACUGCAGCUACGAUGACCAGCAUCUACAUAGUAUUCCUAUAAAGUGUUUAUAAUGCAUGUAUGCACUU